GGAUCCAUGUCCACAUGGGAUAAGGCUUCAUGAAUUAUAGGGCCAUUCGGUCACACCAAGCUCCAUGGCCUGCAUGAGGUGCACAGGCAUUUUUUUCCUCAGCAAGUAACAGGUAAAGGCAUCUGUUCUGUUCUACAUGCCCAUGUUGAUGUUGUGGCCAAUAUCUUACUUUAACAUCAAUAUAACAAAAUGAUUCAGCUAACUUGUUUUUUUUGACUGAGAAUAAUAAAGCUUGCUACAACUGUCUCCACCUUAUAAAUAUCAACCACUGAAUAUCUAUAGGCUUGCUGAUGCUUGAGCUAUUGGUUAGAGAUACCUAAGAAUAGGAGAGUGGCAUAAAAAUGGGAAGCUCGGCAGCAGAUGUCUACUUCGUCUUCAUGAAUUUUGAUCCCGAGUAUGAGCGCCUGCGAUCAGAUCGAACGAAACAGGGAGCAAUGGAACUUGAUCGAUAUGUAAGCAGAAAACAUGACCAGCUGCUAGCCAAAAUGCUCAGACCAAACACCUAUAGGAAGAGAUCUUCUUUGGUUAUUGUUGAUGGGUUUGCAGUUGAAAUAACAGAUGUUCAGGCAGCUAUUCUCAGAUCAGCAAAGGAAGUGAGGGUUGUGGAGAAGAACCAAGAGCUUGUUUGAUGCUUGACAUGAAUUAAAAGCGAAGGAGUAUAUCUAAUCUAAAGAACUUAGUUUGGAUUACAGUAAUAUAUUAGUUGCAAACUUUGGAAGGUUCUGUAUCAAUGCAUGUAAAAGUUUAAUGGGACUCUUUGUGAAGCUCACGGCAUCUGGAUUUUAAAUAAAUCUUUGCGACUCUUGAGACCGAUGGUGUCU